AUGGAAGCCCUGAUCGACACAGGAUCAGACCUUACGGUGACCUCAUCUCAACUUUUCAAAAGACUCCAAUUUGAAGCUAAGAGACAAGAUCGAACUCUUACACCUCAAACUUGUGAACUGAAUGUACAGUCAUACAGCCAGAAUGACAUCCGACCAGGUGUGCAGAACGGAGCUGACCAAGGACCAACAAUUCGCAGUAUACACAGUCUCCCACCAGAGACUGAUGAACCUGCUACACCUCUCAAUACCAAACCGACUGAUGACACACCAACGGAGGAGCCUUACCCAGAAUCCUGUGCCAAAGACUCUUUAGACUGUGGUCUUACCAACCUCCACAUGGUGCACAUCCCUACGCACCCUGAUGCUCCUCCCACUUUGGUCAAACAGUACAAGAUUCCCAUUGCCUCACACAAACCAGUGCAGGAGAUCAUCGAAUCAAUGCUUGAGAAAGGUGUCAUCCGUCCAUGCAACAGCACCUACUCAGCCCCCAUCUGGCCCGUCCUCAAACCUAACGGCGAAUGGCGACCCACCAUUGACUACAGGAAACUGAAUCAACAGGAUGCUGCUGUGGUUCGCCAUGCUGUGCUGUCAGCCAACCAGAGGACAGCUGCCACCGAGAGAACAACUGAGACUCCUGAUCACCGACUACAGAGCACACUACCCCAGCACCGUAGCCCAAUACAGCUGGGCAGCCUUGUGCUAACUGUGCUGGCUUCCGCCAUCACCACGCCAGCUGACCCACUACAAAUACACCUGGCCUACUCUCUGGGUAGCGCCAUCCUACUGCAUGUCAAUCCCGAGCAGAGGGAAGUGGAUGUGCUCCUGAACCAACCCAUCAGUGAGUCAAGCCAAGUCUACAGACUUAAAGACAUUGUCAAUGUCAGCAAACCCUUCCUCAGAAACAACACUCAAAUAAAAUCCGGGUUGCAACCCCUGGUCAGCGACACACACUGCCCUGCCGAAGCCAAGCCUUGUACACAAGUCACAGAGAUGCAAGCAGAGAUUGUAGGUGACAGAUGGCUCGUCAACACUCCCGUGCGUACAGCUACUCUCACUUACGACCAGCAUGACACAACCAGCCGUGUCAACGUGCCCAACCCGAAUAGGGGGAUUCAAUACCAAAAGAAUUACAACUUCAUCUUAGAUCCAGAACUGGAACUCUGGAUUGAGGAAAGGGGGUCCCGACACAUUGACAUUGCUCCCGUCGACACAGCCCUCCAAGCACUGUCUCGACGGCCCGUUCUGAUCCCGUCAUCUGCGUGCUUUUUUUUUUAUCGCACAGAUAAAUUGCAUCAUGUGCAUGCAAAAGUGGUGAUCAAGAUAAAGGAGCUUUUGGCUGUUGAAAAUGCAAAGCAUAUUGCAUUUACAACAGAUUGUUGGUCAGUAAUGAGCUUGACUGCUCACUUCAUCGAUGAAGAAUGGAACAGGGUGCAAGUUGUCCUAAAUGUGAAAGCCAUGAGUGGAUCUCACACUGGUGAGUACAUUGGACAGUUGUUUUUAGACAUGCUUACCGAGUGGGAUAUAGACAGUGAACGUGUGCUGCUGGUGCUCAGGGACAGUGGAGCCAAUGUUGUUAAGGGGAUGAGGUUGGUGGAGAUGCCUGACCUCAGCUGCAGUGCUCACACCCUCCAACUUGUUGUGAAUGAUGGCCUCCAGGCACAGAGAGCUGUAGGUGACAUCCUGGCCAAACUGAAGAGGUGUGCAACCCAUUUUGGUCAUUCAGUUCCUCCCAAGCAGAGGCUUGAACAAAUUCAGAAGGAUGUUGGUCUACCUGAACACCGCAUUCUCCAGGCAUGCCCAACCAGAUGGAAUUCUACAUUGCAUAUGCUCCAAAGGAUGCAGGAGCAAAAGAGAGCACUGAAAGUCUACUCUGGGGACUUUGGACAUUUUACAUGUCCAAGUGUGGAGGAGUGGGACCUGGUCGAAAAGCUGAUCAACACACUGGAACCAACUGAGGAAAUUACUCUAGAAGUGAGUAAGUCUGAUGCAUCUGCAUCAUGCAUCAUCCCCACCAUUGAGGUUUUGAAAAGAUUUCUGGAGACUCAGGGUCCUGAAACUAGAGGAAUUCAGACUUUGAGGAAGGUCAUGCUCGACAGCUUAACCAGAAGGUUUUCCAAGAUUGCAGAGUCCAAAGAAGCAGUGCUGGCCUGUGUGCUGGAUCCUCGUUACAAACAGCGUCCCCUCUCUGACAGCACAACCAAGAAGGCCAAAACCUGGCUUGAAAAAGAGGCAGACAAACAGCAUCAAGCAAGCUCAGCAGCCACUCAUAAGGAUGCCGAGGGAUAUUCAAAGAAACCUAGGAUGGAGAAGUCCCUAGACCAGAAGCAGAGUGUGCUUGACCAUGUCUACGAGGACAUGUUGCAGAGCCAGCAAACAGUGACAGGGGUGUCUGAGAGUCUGAACGAGGAGCUGGAUCGGUAUCUUCAAGAGUCCGUUCUUGAUCGCAAAACAGGUGACCCCCUGCAGUGGUGGAGGCAAAAUGCUGGCCGCUUCCAGACUCUGGCUCCAUUGGCCAGGAGGUGUUAUACAAAUAGAGUGCAUAUACAUUUACAUAUCUUACAAAGGCAUGGACAGAGAUUUGCACACUGGACAGAAGAUGCAUCCCAACUCCUUCAGGGAACCCUUGAGCCUGUCUUUAGGGUGUCAAACCCCGCCACCACCAAACAGUCACUCAGCAGAAGAGUUGUGGUUGAAGAGGACACUGAUAAGGUGCAACAGCCCACCAUUGUGAGAGACCUUCAUACAGCUUGGUACUGGGUACACAAUCACAGAGACUUGUUCUGUGGAGAGGUGACAGAGCCUGCUUUUCUGCAGAUGAACAGUGAAAGUCAACAAAAUGCACUCAGGAAGGCCCUGGGGAUUGAAUUCCCUGAAGCAAAGGAUGAAUUUUUGUUUAUAUUUCAGUCUCAAGAUGACAUGGAAACAUUUUGGGAAGUCGUGGCCUAGUGGUUGGAGAGUUUGACUCCUAACCCUAAGGAUGUAGGUUCGAGUCUUGGGUAGGCAAUACCACGACUGAGGUGCCCUUGAGCAAGACACUGAA